UGGUAAAAAGUGGCACAGUUUGCCCCACUCUCCCUUAACAGUCAAUUCAGGUUCUUCUGAGUAGAGAAUACACUACAACUCUGACGUGUGCUAGACGUUGCAGGGGGGAAAGUAAACAGAUCCAUUCAGAUCAGCCUAACCUGGCACCUCUCCUCUGUAAUGUUUGAGAGAAACAGGGAGUGAACAGGGGAAUGAAGGUCUAAAGGACAAACCAAGCUUCCUUUUAGUCCAGGCGUACGGAGACGAAAAUACCUUAAUCUGGAAGCCGGGUAUGUUUUGCUCUAUAUUCUUUAAUACAGACGACUGUAGAGUUGAAAUUAAUUACCUUUGCCAUCUCAUUUCAGUACAAUGCGAGUAUGCACACGUCGACGUUCACAGACAUUGCGUAUGUGGCUAUUAAUCGUCUUCCUGAGUCUGCAUUUGCUUGUGGUUUCACUUGUCCUGUCAACAUACCACACUACUUGUGAGCCCCGCUCGCACCCUGACAUCCAGACCUCCAUCAGCUUCUUCAUUCAGAAUACAUCUACUUCAACAAACACAAUGGCUACUGCAGGAAGUGACACCCUGGAGGUGGAAAUAGACAGCGCAGCAGAUGACCUUGCCAAACUGGAGGCUCUGUACUCCCAUCCGCUGUAUCAUAUGCCCACCCCACCUGUGCCUGAUGGUGAUUGGUUGCUGAAAGUCCGAACAAAAAGAAAAGAGGAAGGGAGUAGCAUACAGCAGUUGAGUGCUAAUGAGGACGGCUAUGAUCCUAUCCUCUGGAACGCCAGUGCUGUGACACAUCCGCCUUGGCUCCGGUUUCACCUUGGUAUAUCUCGCUGGCAGAUGUAUCAGCACAAAGAUCCCAUCCUGUCAGCGCUGACUCAGCAACUGGCCUCCCACCGCAUCGUCAGUGCAGUGCAAAAAUCAGGUGGGACACAGCUGAAGUUGGUGAUGUCAUUUCGUAAUUAUGGACAGGCACUCUUCAAACCCAUGAAACAGGAACGGCAGGAGGAGACCAAUGUGAAUCUGUAUUAUUUCUCUGACUUUGAGAGGCACAAUGCUGAGAUCGCAGCCUUCCACCUGGACAGGAUACUGGGUUUCAGGAGGAUACCUCCAGUGGUUGGGAGGCUUAUUAAUAUGAUAAAAGAGAUCAAAGAUAUCACCACUGACCAUAGACUGGUUACAACAUUUUUCACGUCCCCAGUGGGGAAUGUGUGUUUUUAUGGCCAGUGUUCCUAUUACUGCUCCACGGAGCAUGCUAUCUGUGGGCGUCCCAUCAUGAUUGAGGGGUCUUUGGCUGCUAUGCUGCCAGACCCGUCGUUGGCACAGCGCCGCUCGUGGAAGAGCCCCUGGAAGCGUUCCUACAGCCGAAGCAAUCUGGCUCUGUGGGAGACAGAUACCAACUACUGUGACUCAGUAAAAAAGUCUCCUCCCUACGACCGAGGCACUCGAUUGGUGGAUCUGAUUGACAUGAGCAUUCUCGACUUUCUCAUGAGUAACAUGGAUAGGCACCACUAUGAAACAUUUGAGAAGUUUGGCAAUGACACAUUUCUCAUACACUUAGACAAUGGAAGAGCGUUUGGACGUCACUCCAAAGAUGAACCUUCUAUUUUGGCUCCUCUUGUGCAGUGCUGCAGGAUCCGUCGUUCCACGUUGCUUCGUUUACGUCUGCUCUCUCUCCCGAUGUAUCGGUUGAGCGAUGUCAUGCGUGCAUCUUUGUCUCAGGAUCCCCUUGCGGCAGUGGCACCCCUCCUUACUGAGCCACAUCUUUUGGCUCUUGACCGUCGCCUGGCAACAGUCAUUCAAACCAUCCAGGACUGUCUGGAGCAACAUCAACAUCACAGUGAUGUCAUAUAUGAUGACAUCACUGAUUACCCUGGGGCUUGAUGUGAUAUUAUUUAGAUCUAUGUUGUGUUGUAUAACAAAUCAAUGACACAUUAUAGGGUUGUAAAUUAAUGUUAAAUAAAGUGGAUUAUAACCAUCUGCGACCA